AUGAGUUCAAAAUACUUACCCUCCUCUCUCCUCUUCUUGUUAGCUUGGAUAAUCACCUUUCCUACAUGCCCGACAAUUGGAUCAUCAUUAGCUAAGCCAGGAUGCAAUGAUACUUGUGGCAAUGUUCCCAUCCCUUACCCAUUCGGGCUGAGUCCUGGAUGCGCUCUUCACAAAUCAUACAUCAUAAUUUGCAAUGCUUCCAAGCCAUAUCUGAGUAACCUCAACCUGGAGGUAUUGAACGUGUCAUUGCUAGACCAAACUGUAACAGUAAAUGCACCAUUGACUUAUUUUUGCAACUCUGAUCAAGCCCAGAGAAAUGGUACCAGCAGCAGCAGCUGGAUCAGCUUGGAUCUUGCCGGAACCCCGUUCUUGUACUCACAAAUACGCAACAAACUGAUGCUAUUUGGGUGUGGCAAUGUUGUACUAACUCAAGAAGAGAACAAGGGUUUAGCAGGUUGUACGUCAAUUUGUCAAUUCAGCAGUUCUUAUCAAGCGGCUACUAGUACCAGUUGUAACGGGGUUAAUUGCUGCCAAACAACAAUUUCUGUCUACCUCUCCAAAUACAGUCUGAAUUUCAGGAGCUUAAGUUUCAAGCGGUCAGGAUACUGCCCAUCUGCUUUCUUGGUGGAUCAGAACUGGUCACCAGAGCAGUUUUCUGAAUCUUUGCAAUUUAUUCCGGUUGUUUUGGUCUGGACUCUAUCAAAAGUCGAUGUCACAGUGGUUGAUAAAUGUCCAUACUACAACUAUAGUCUUUACUCAGACUCCGGGGUAUAUGUGGAAGCUUAUGGAUGUACAGAUUGCCCAGCAGGAACUUAUAAUCUUGUCUACGGCGCUGCUAUCAAUCCAUAUCUACAAUCAAAAUCAAGAUGCAUCGGCCGUAUAAGAUUUUAUAUAAUCCUGGUAGGAGCAUUACUAAUUGUGGAUGAGAUCAGUCGAAUUGUCUUAGUUGAAGAUAAGAUUGCAUCUGUUUACGUAUUGAAUGAAAUUCAAGCUAGGGAAACAGUUGAAUUUGGUUGCAAUGUGAAAGAAUAG